AUGGAGAGGAAUGUCGGACAAUGUCGAGCUGUGCCUCAAGACGCUGUCCGGAGUGAUUUUGCUUAUUAUCUCUGGGGCGGAAAGGAGAGGUUCCGAAGGAGAGAAAUUGCGCUGGAUGUCCUCAAGUCGAACCCAGAGUUCGCAAAAACUGCUGCAACCUAUUCCCAAGCGAGGAAAGACGUCUGGCUGAGGAUCGCUCGACAGUCAAAACAACUGGUUGCUCUGAAGCUCCGCCAUCAAUGGUCGACCGCGCAGUUGCUUGAUGUCAUCACCAUGACGGACUGGAUGAUGCCGAUCUACCCUCAGUACCGCAUUUUCAUGUCGAACAUAGAGCGACAGAUGUCCGAUCAGCAGAAGAAUGUCUGGCUGCCAAUGGCCGAGCGAUUUGAGAUCCUCGGCUGUUACUGUCAGACUGAACUAGGACAUGGAUCGUUCGUUGGCGGAAUUGAGACGACAGCUGUGUUUGAUGUUCACAGUGACGAGUUUGUCAUUGAUUCCCCAACUUUGAGUAGUACCAAGUACUGGAUCGGGGCUGCGGGUGUUUGGGCGACUCAUGGAAUCGUCGUGGCGCGUCUCCAAAUAGGAGAUCAAGACCAUGGUCCACACCUCUUCCUUGUGCAGCUUCGAGACCUGGAAUCACAUCAGACACUGAGAGGCAUCAAUAUAUACGAACUCGGGCCAAAAGUUCAUCAAGGAAUGCUUGGAAUGGAUAACGGAGCCUCAGUCUCUCGUGAGGGGACCUACCUAAAGCCAACGAACACGAAGCACGCAUAUGGGUCAAUGGUGACCGUCCGCGCUCAGAUGGCACAGCUCACAGGUUGGGACCUCCUCAAGGCCGUUGUAGUCGCAACGCACUACACCAAGUUCCGCAAACAGUUCUUCACAACCGCAGAUGACAAGUGCGAUCAUGAAGAAGUGACUGUCUUCGAGUACAGCAGUGUCAAGAGUCGUCUGAUUCCUUUGCUCGCGAAGGCAACAGCGUUGAUUAUUGUCGGGCAGGCAAUCAAGGAGGCUUACGACAAUUACACUCACACAGUGCUCAGAACUGGCGACAGUAGCGCCCUGGAAGACUUACACCUGCAAACCGUGGCAUCGAAAGUAUACGGUACCGAGAUUGCCAGCCGAGGCGUAGAAAUAUCUCGUAUCGCAUGUGGCGGGCAUGGGUACAGCGCGCUUGCAGGAUUCGGCCGAAUGUAUGCUCAUACUGUCAAUGCCGUUACAUAUGAAGGCGACAACUAUGUCAUCAGUCAGCAAGUCACCAGAGCAAUCGCGAAGCAUUGUAGGAACGGAACGAAAACACUUCCCCCAAGUAUCGCUUACCUGAGCCUCCUCCAGUCGGGUAGCGUUGCGCAAGAACCGCAUAUAUGUUCGGCCGCAGAUUGGUUGUCAACUGCGGUCCAGGAAUGGGCAUUGACAGCGCGUCUAGCAUCGCUGGUGCAACAGUAUCUCGAUGAUACCACAACUGGCAAAGAUACCAGCUAUUCUAGUCAUGCCCUCACCAUGGCACACGCAGAUUAUGUGUACUGGGCUGGUUUCUGGAGGUCAGUGCGCGCUCUGGAAGGUGCUGAGACAUCGUUUGCGCCGCACUUCUCACUCUCGAUAUUGAGCGAACCACACCACCCAAGUCUUGUGCAUGCCUCACAGCUGUCGAUUACGCAGUUGGCCCAUCUGCGAGACGCCCAUCGCCAAGCCAUCAACGACGUGGCCAUACAAAGCAUUGACACAGUCAUAUCCGCUUAUGGUUUGACCGAAUUCGAAUUGGACAGCGUAUUGGCACGGACAAACAGAACGCCUUACGAGGCUCUGAUAGACGCAGCUCAGUCGAGUGAAAUGUCGGGAGAGGACAUGGCUGAAAUAUGGCCUGCAAUAGUAGAGACGACCAAGUUGUGGCGGUCAAAAGGCCUACAGUCUUCCGCAACGGCCACCACAAGCAGCAGAAUGAGGGGAAAGCUAUGA